AUGCACAUUAUUAUAUCACGACUACUCCUCCUACUUUCUCUCACUGCACGCGUGAAAUCUCUUAAUUGUCCCGAUCUCUGCCAAUGCGCCUCCUCCAUAAUGGACUGCCAACAGCCAGGCCUUGAAGCUUUCCCUUCAGCGCCUUCCAGCAAGUUGGAAAUGGUCGUGGUUGCCAAUCAGACUUUUCGACGGGUCACACUCGAUCGGGAAGCUCUUUGGCCUUAUCGGAGCCCCGAACAUGGCGGACAAGUGCGCCUGCGCCUCCUUAAGAUUCGCAAUUGCAACAUAGUCAGCAUCGCAUCAAAUGCGUUUGCGAAUUUGGGCUCACAAUUAGAAGAACUUGAUUUAAGUGGCAAUCCUCUGCACACCAUUGAAGCGCUAGCUUUUACAGGUCUUCGAUUGAAGUCACUUUUUCUCAAUAAUCUCCAAAAUCCUAUAAUACACGAUCAAGCAUUUUCUAGCAUCAUUGAAGUUCAGAGCUUGAGUCUUCAAAAUUCCCGCCUAACAUCACUUCCUCUGCGUCCUCUGAUUGAACUCGCCAAUCAGCACGGUCUUAAGAGCCUUUCAAUUCGAGGCAAUGAUAUCUCUCACUUACCUCCCACCUUUGAACCAGCUUUCAGACUUCUACAAUCGUUCGAGUUGAGUGAGAACCCAUGGCAUUGUGACUGCAAUCUCCGGUGGCUUAUCCAGCUGCAGAAGUGGAGUCGAUUGACAAAAACAAGCGGUACAUUCAUAGGAAGCAGCGGAGACUCAAGGAGUGACAUAAGGCAGCCCAAAUGCAGCAGUCCGGUGGAAUUUGCAGACUACUCGUUUGAUGAGAUCACUCUGAAUGAAAGUGAGACAUUUCCAGGCACUUACCUUCACAACACAGUGUCAAAACGACCAGAACUUGCUUGUGUGACACCUCGGGUCGAGCACAUCGAGGUUGACCUUCGUCAACCGAACUCUGAGCCAGAACUUGAUAAUAUGGCUCGAAUUGUCUGCCAAAUGAAGGGCGCUCCAGAUAUAUUUCUGAAACAAAUAACAAGCCGACUGUCCGUCAAGAGGGUGUCCGAAACGGACAUGUACUCGUGUAUGGGACAGAAUAUACUGGGUAACACAUCGGUUACUGUUAGUAUCCAUUGGCCUCAAAAGAACUCAGCAGGAGAUGCACAAUUAGUUGCGAAUGAGGAGUUGUCAAGUGAGAGAUCGGUGUCAAGGGAUAUAUCCAAUCGUCUGAUAGGUCCCAUGCGACCUGCCGAACACAGUAUCCUAGCAAAACGGUUUAGUUUGAUGGAUGUGAUUGGGGCAGUGUUGGGCACUUUUCUAGUCACAAUUCUUAUGUUCAUAAUCGCCUACAGAACUUCGAAACUUUAUGUUUACCGGAGAUCGAAGUUACGAGCUCAAUCAGAUCCCAUACUACGACACCAUGAAAACGCAAAGCGCACUCCCGAUGGAACUUCUUCUUCAGCUGCGUCGUCAUCGCUGCUCAAAUUUCCUCAACUUCAGUUCGCUUCUGCAUCCCGCUAUCCUCCCGACUAUACUCAAAUGAGCCAUCAGAACCAGGGAGGUGGUGGAGGACUUGGAGUUCCACCGAAACAGCGAGAUUCGGGCACUUUUACUUCGCAUUCUACCUCAUCCUCGCAGAACGCAAAUGGUCAGGGUGGUGCAUACGAAACAGUAUACAAUGAAACCUCAACGAAUCAGGUUAUGUAUGAGACUCCCAGUGAUAAUUUGGCAACUGCUGCUGCUGCAGCAGCCGCUGCAGCCGCAUGCCACCCAAGUCAGCAACCAUUUCUCUUUCCCUUCGCCCAGUCCACAGCACUGGGUGGUUAUCCGUUGAUGUUCGGAAGCACCCUACCUUCCCAGAGCACAGCCACAGCCUAUGCACUUGGAGUCUCUACUCCCUCAGCUCCAACCUACAUCCCUCCUCCUCCUACUGGACAGCAGCCUUCGCUCCCACGAUCUGUUCAGUCACAAACGGGUCCUUUGCACCAUGUUUACUCCUCCACAGUGUACAUGGGUGAUCAGUACCUAGGCCCAAGUGUUUCCACAAGCGUUCAAACCUCAGCACCCGUAACCACAGCUCCACAACAUAAUCAUGUGACAUGA